AUGUUGUUUGGGUGGCACGGCGUAACCCGAACCAACCGGUCCCGCACUGAAGAACAGAAGCAACAAGAACUCGACAAGAUCGCCAAGUAUCGCGACCUCGAAGGCCAGGUCCGGUCGCUGGUCGCCGAUGACAAGUUCACACCCGAGCUCCUCAAACUCACCAACAAGCUGCUCCGACUCAACCCAGAGUACUACACAAUAUGGAACGUCCGCCGCAGAUGUUUGCUAACCUGUGGGUUAUCAUGCAAACCGUCGGUUGGGUCCUUGCCCUCGAAGGCGUCGCAGAGUUCUUCUCAGACCGCCACUACCACAACAUGUUCCGCCGAAUCCUCCUCCUCUUCCUCGAUCACGACCCCGCAAAACCCCGCGUCCCAGACAACUGGGAGGAGUGGUACUACAGCUGACGACACUGUUUCGCCUGGACCUAGUGGUGAUGAUGACCGGCGGGACGAUGGAGCGAGAGAGAAGGCCAGGGAAAAUGACCUCGACAUGCUCAGGUCCGAGCUGGGCUUCACCGUUCCGCUACUGAUGGAGUUCCCCAAGUGUUAUUGGAUCUGGAAAUACAGAUCGUGGCUGCUGCAGCAAGCCAUCGAUCGGCUAGAUCCUGUUGUUGCGAGGCGGAUAUGGGAAGAGGAGCUUGGUCUCGAUACCAAGAUGCUAAGCAAAGACCGCCGGAAUUUCCAUGCCUGGGGCUAUCGACGGAAUGUCGUCAGCCAUCUCGAGAGCGCUGCCCUGAACGGCACGAGCAUGAUUGAGUCCGAGUUCGACUUCACAUCUAAAAUGAUCCGCGUUGAUUUGUCCAACUUCUCCGCGUGGCACAACCGUAGCAAGCUUAUCCCGAGACUUCUGGACGAGCGACAAGCCGAUGCAAGCACGAGAAAGAAGUUCUUUGAUGAUGAAUUGGCUCAGAUCAAGGAGGGCUUGAAUGUAGGGCCCGAAGACCAGUCGCUUUGGUAUUAUCACCAAUUCCUGAUGCUGGAUUUAAUUGAACAUGCUAAGCGACCGACCAUCACGGCUGGUUUCACCGUGGAAGAAAGAGUGAAAUACAUUACAGCAGAUAUCGUGGACAUCAAGGAUCUGCUUGAGGAUUAUGACGACUGUAAAUUGAUCUACGAAGCAUUGAUUGAAUGCACAUUGGCAUUGCCGACUUUGCAGGAACGAAAGCCGUCCGAGGGUGAGCUGCUGGACGUGGAAACCUGGCUUUCCAAGCUGCAAGAGCUGGAUCCCAUGAGGAGAGACAUGUUCAUUGCCUCGAGUCGAACUUCAGACGGCAUCUCCAAUCACUUCAGUGAUCACAAACCACUGCGGAGUGGUUUGCCCGCGCUCGAGUUACUUCAGAAAGCAAGCAAGAAAUGA